GUAGGUCGUGGACCUAGGACAGUACACAGGGCGACGACAGGGUGCGAGAUAAGGAAUGCAAAGCAAACACGACAACAAGAACAUUUCCAAUCACACAAACCAUGUACAGUACGGAUUGUGAGUUUGUGUGUCAUGGAAGACAGUGCAUAUUGCAAAACGAAGUGCUUGUACACGGUUUAUCUUGAUUUUUGGAACUGAUAAGUAAUCCCUGCGGAAUGUUUUCAAACAUGCUUCGUGCACUGUUAAUUGUGAUCGUUUUCGGUGCGUCCCGGGCCGGAUUGCUGGACUGGUUUCGUGGCGAGGACGAGCUAGAGGGCCACCGGAUAGGCAAGAUUUACAUCGAAGUCCUCUCACCGAAAGGCAUUCGGCUGUGGACGGCAUACAACCCCGACACGGAGCUGUUCGGUGUGGAGCUGUACGUGAAGUAUUACGGUGGCCGGACGGAGGCGCUCGACUGUGCACUGUGUCAGAAUGUUACCGAACCGGUGGGCGGGAAGUUUAUGCUGGAAGAUCCUAACCUGGUGGCCCGUUUUGGUGAUGUUCUCCAGUACACGAUCAUCACGUUUGACGGCACCACGACGAUGCGUCAUGCCGCAAGACGACAGUUUGUGCGAGAGGAGCUUAUCAAACCGAACGAUCGGUGUUUCUGUGGCGCGCGUGAGCUACCCGAACCGCUCCAAGAUGCACCAAUGUCCGAGGUGGAGCUGCUGGAACGCAUCAUACUACGGGCGUUGGGCAACCGUAGUCGGGAGUGUGAGGCGAUCUCGAACUGGCUCGUGCUAAGGGCGGAACCUCGCAACGAGCAGGCCGAUUUGCUGGAGUACGUGCGAACCUAUCUGGAUCUGUUGCUGUUGCGUGCGAAAUGGCGCACACUGGAUGCUGGCGGGACGGGCUGGACAAGUUCCCGGCCGUCGGAGCUGGUCGUGGAGGUGGACGAUCAUCGGGAUGGGAUUGCGUUUCAGGUGCGGUCCACCAUCGAGAAGCUGAAGCUGCUGGAACUGAUGAGAUUUAGCGGGAUGAUAGAGGACUACGAUGGUGUUUUAUAGGUUGUUAGAGGUAAUGUUAGGGUAGAUGUAGAGGUAUCAGGUAGUGUGUAGAGCC